AUGCGCGACGCGUUCCGCGAGGCGGGCCUCGAGGACGCCGCGGCGCCGGCGCCGGGCGCGUCGGCCGACGACUCGUUGGUGGUGGACUUCGGCGCGGGCCUGCCGCCGCCGGGCCAGUCCCUGGAGCAGGCCGACCGCGACGACGGCGUCGUCGUGGCGUCGCGCGACGGCCUCGACGGGACGGCGGAGGUCGAGUUCGGCACGAUGCGCGGCGACGGCGCGGUCCCGCGCGCCGCGGCGCCGUCGCCCGGCGGCGAGUCCGCGGGGAGCGGCGGCCCCGCGCGGAGCCGCGAGGGCCCGGGCUUCGGCGUGCCGCAGCCCCUCGCGUCGCCCGCGUCGCCGGAGCAGCCGGGCGGCCUGCCGACGGACGCGACGUCGGUCUACUCGCCGCCCGGCGAGUCCGAGGCCGCGAGCCCGCUCCCCGCGGCGCGCCUCGGCGGCGCGUCGGGCCCGUCGCCGCGCGACGACGUCGUCGCGAGCCCCGCGUGCGCGAAGCUCUCCUACGGCGACAUGGACCCCUGGCUCCGGGAGUCGAAGGCCGCCGAGUCGUCGCCGCGCGGCCGCGCGUCGCCGUCCGCGUCCGCCGCGGCCUUCGCGGCGCUGGCGGCGGCGGAGAGCGACGACGACGCGCCGCCGUCGCCGCCCGCGCGGCGGAGCGCCGGCCGGCCCGACUCGGGCGAGCUGCCGCGGCCGCGCGACGAGGCCGAGCGGCUGAUCGCGGAGCUCCAACGCGACAACGAGCGCCUGAGCGCGCCGAGCCCCGGCGGCGGCGGGCCGGACGCGAGCCGCCUGCGCGCGUCCCUCGCCGUCGCCGCGGAGCGCGACGCCCUCGCCGAGGAGCUCGCGGCCGUCCGGCGCGCCGCGCGCGACGACGCCGCGGAGCUCAAGGCCCGCGUCGCCGCGGCGCAACAGGCCGCGGACGCCGCCGCGGCGCGCGCGGCCGCGCCCCCGGCGGCGGCGCUCCCCGGCGGCGACGGCCGCGCCGAGGCCCUCGAGGCGCAGCUCGCGGCCGCCGGCGAGCGGCUCGCGUGGUUCGCGGAGAACCAGCGCCUCGUCGACGAGCACGUCGACGUCGUCCGGCGCCAGGAGCGCGAGCUCGCGGACCUGCGCCGGGCCGUCGACGGCAAGCUCGCGCCGGGCGACCUGCGGGCGAAGCUCGCGGACGCGGAGCGGCGCGCGGCGGACGCGGAGCGCGCGCUCGAGGCCCGCGAGCCGCCGCCGCGGCUCACGAAGCCGCGGACGUCCGUCGAGGUCGCCAAGGUCGAGCUCGAGGCGCGGUGCGGCGCCCUGGAGAAGGAGCUCGACGCGCAGCGCGACGAGCACGAGCUCCGCGUGCGGUCCCUGCGCCAGGAGUUCGAGAAGCUCCGCGCCGCGCACGACCGGAAGCUGCUCGAGGUCAAGGCCGACCAGCUCCGGCGGUCCCGCGACGCGGGCGCGUCGCGGGAGACGGCGCGGUCGACGGACGUCGCCUUCGGGCGGAGCUCGGGCAAGUCGGAGGACCAGGCGAAGGCGCGGGACCUCCGGGAGGCGCGCGACCGCGUCGCGUACCUCGAGAUGGCCCUGGGCGACGUCACGUCGCGCCUGGGCGCCGCGGAGAAGCGCCUCGCCGACGGCGCGGGCCCGGCGUCGCCGCGCCGGUCGUCGCCCCUGCGCCGGUCCGCGCUCACGGCGUCCGUCGACUCCGUGCCGCCGCCGUCCGCGCCGCCGCCGCCGUCGCCGAGCCGCGGCGACGCGCCCAUGACGGCCGACGCGCUGCGCAUCCGGUCCCUCGAGGUCGAGCUCGAGCGCGAGCGCGAGAUCAACCGCGUGCUCGGCGCCGCGCGCGACGCGCCCGAGGAGAAGGCCGAGGCCUUGGAAAAGGACGUCGCGGGCCUCCGCGCGGACCUCGACCGGGCGCACGCGGCCGCGGGCGCGGCGGAGGCGACGCGCCUCGACCUCGAGGCGCGCCUCGCCGCCGCCGACGCCGCCGCGGCGCCGCGCGUCGACCCGGCGGCGCACGCGGCGGAGACCGCGCGGCUCCGGAAGCUCCUGGAGAGCGCGACGCGCGAGCUCGCGGCCGCGCGCGAGACCGCGCGCCUCGCCGCCGACGACGCCGCGCGCCUCGAGCGCCUCGACGCGCUCCGCAAGCCCGAGACGCCCACGAAGGUCGCCGUCGCCGCGCUCGCGGCGCAGGUCGAGGACCUCGAGGCGCGCGCGAAGCGGCGCCAGGACGACGUCGCGCGCUGCGUCCACGACGCCAAGGUCGCCGCGCGCAUGGAGCUCGCCCGCGCCGCCGCGCGCCACGCCGAGGAGCUCCACGCCAAGGACAACCAGCUCCAGCGCUUCAAGUUCGAGCUCGACGGGCUCCUCGACGCGCUCAAGGCCGAGAUCGCCAACACCGCGGCCGGCAACACGACGAAGCACGACAAGACCGCCCAGGCGUACCGCGCCUACGCGAAAGAGACCGCGGAGUAA